AUCAAGCCAUGAUAAUGGUCAGUUAGUAAGCAGCUCGGAUGUCAGGGAACAUCCUGUCAUCCAGCCAUCCAAGUUAUCAUCGGCGAGUUCCCCAGCUGGAUUUUGGGGUAAGAUGAGUUAAAUUGAAUGGCAACAUAUGUAAAUUUCAGCCUUUUACAAUGUUUUUGCAUCAAAAUUAAGGAAGCGCUGAAUAUUUGAUUCUGUGCCUAAAGCGCACUUACUGAAUCAUUGAUAAUUCUGCUGAAGAGUAACGGUUAUAAGUUAAUAGACUAGAUGUUAAGAUUCUACAUGUUACUUUUCAGAUUGUCUUGAAGAAUAGGAAGGUUCAAUCUCAGGGUCGGCAUUAAAGCUAGUUGUCAAAAACCAACUGAAAUUGACAACAUUUGGGUGGGUGGGGGGGGGGGCGACGACACAUAAUUAAAAGGCCCCCGUUUUCAUUCAGAUAAAUUCUUUACCUUUUUUGUGAAUCUGCAUCCUUAAUCCUUCACAUUGAAUGAUUAAUGAUAAAAUCAUUGUUUGGUGUGGGUUUUUUUAUUACACAUGUUUCUAAAUUUAAUCAGUUUUUCACAUGAUCUGUUGUGAAUUAUCCUUCUCUUUUUUUAUUGCAGCUUUUGGCUCAGCCCACAACCCAGGUUUGUUUAAUACUUGCAUUUUAUAAGCUGUUUGUUAUAGUUAUUUUUUUCUCUUAAAUGUCUUAAAGACAUUUGCAAAAAUGUAUAAGCUUGCCGUGCCAGUGUAAUAUUUUUAGUGAUGUAACUCCAAUUAGCUUAUUGGUCAUAAAACAUGAGAAAAUAUUUAUAUGUUUCAGGAAUGUAUUCCAAUCCUUUCGUGCCACGAGCGCCUCUUAGGACUGAUGUUGUAUCCACAGCUUCUAGUUCAGGAGAAGAAAGAGAAAGUGAGUGAAUAUUUUCAGCUUUAAUUAUUCAAACUUUCCGGUUCACAUGAAAAUAAAUUCAUACUAUUAUUUAAAAGCUUUAAACAAGUACAGGUACUCCAAAAAUUACAUUUUUUUUUAUUUGGUGCCAAAUGAGUUCGAUUUUUGAACUUUCCAACCAGUGACAUUCACAUCUAUUACAAAAACACCACAUAUAUUGACAUAGUAUAAUAUGGUUUUAUUUUUGCAGGUAUUAUUGCCCCAGGCCGUUUGGGUGCUGCUGUGAAUAGGGAAUUCGGUAAGAAUAUUUGGUUUGUUAAUGAUCAGAUCAUUAUUAAUUGGUGCUAUGAAAAUUUUCUUUAGCUGAAUGUCUCAAAAACAAAGGAAAUGGUUGUUGAGGGGGCAAAAACCAGAUUACAAAUCUCAACAUAAAAAAAUCAAAGUAUAGAGAAAGUGGAGGCAUAUAAGUACUUAGGUGUCACCAUUAAUAAUAAGCUAACAUUGCAUGAGCACAGCCAAAUGCUGUAUGAGAAAUUGACCAAAGACUGUUCUACCUCAAAAAACUAUACAAUUUCGGAGUAAACAAGCAAGUCGUUAACUUAUUCUACAGUGCAACAAUUGGAAGCCUACUUAAUUUCAGUAUUACCUGCUGGUAUGGGAAUUCAACGUCUGAUAUUAAAUACCUCAUAAACUGACUAAUCAAGAAAGCGAGGAAGAUAACGCUAACUAAACAUCCUUCACUUGAAGAACUAUUUGAAGAAAGAUUGUUUUGUAAAACUAAACAGAUUUUGGAUGAUACAUCCCACCCUCAUCAUCACAGAUACUUAGGAUAAGGCCGUUCGGGACGAAUUCUUUCCAUCAGGGCGAGGACUGAAAGAUAUAAAAAUUAUGUUGUUCCCCAAUCUGUACGAAUUGACCAGCGUGCUACCUCUGAAUUCAGAGAUCUUAAUGAGAACUAAUAAGUCCCUGAUUUGGCUACGAGAACUCACUGAAUGGCAUAAAACAUUUCCAUUUGUUUGGAUCAAUAAAAGAAUCUUAUCUUAUGUGGUAUAAUUUGAAGAGGUCAUUAAUAUACUUUUUUAGGCGAGCUUAAAAUUUCGUACUCUUAGAUAAACGUUUGUCAUUUAUAAUGCUUUUUUUUUUUUAAACUUUCUAUUUUAAAGUGUUUUGAUUUAAAGAAAUGUUACAUUUACCGCAGGCUCAGGUUUCAGCAGCUCCACAUUGGGUGCCACUAAGUCUUUUCAUAUUCGCCCAUCUGUAUUUUCAUCUCACACGCCGCCCAAUAAUGUUAAAGGUGAGGUCCCUAACAUACUUUAGAAUUGAGAGUAAAGAGUUGUUUUUUUUUUGUCUUGGUGGUAAUAUGUUUAGCUAGUAUUUAAAAGUAUAUUUUUAAUUCAUUUUGAUCAGCAUCUGUUAAUUUCAUCUUGUGUUAAAAAGCUUUUUUUGUUGCUUUUUUUUUUUAGCUCCACUUCUUAAACCAGCAAAGUUACCUGAUCCAACUAAAACAAGUGAUACUAAAGGCAAGUUACAUUUUUGUGUACUGGGUAGACAUUAUAUGGGGGACUUUUCUUUCUUUUUUUUUUAUAUAACUUCCAUAAACUAUAAUGCCUCUUGUACAAUGUUAUAAUUAUGGAGUAAAAGAGGAUUAUAUUGUUUAAAAGUUAAAAUGUAUGAAUAGAAAAUACUACAUUAUAGGCAUAUAUCACUUAGCAGUCAUAAAUAAUAUGUGUCCAAUCUUAAUUAAUCUUCUACUUCUAAUUAUUACUAAAUCAAAAAUUUUGUUCUAUUUUUUUUUUUUUUUUUUUACUUCCUAACAAAUAUUUAUUUUUUUUCCUUUAGUUACUUGUAGAACAAUUUUUACAGAACUGAUUUAUUUUAACCUUUAUUAUAUUUAAUUAUUAUUAAAUCAAAAAUUUUUUUCUAUUUUUUUUUUUUUUUUUACUUCCUAACAAAUAUUUAUUUUUGUUCCUAUAGUUACUUGUAGAACAAUUUUUACAGAACUGAUUUAUUUUAACCUUUAUUAUGACAUGCUUCCAAUAUUAGCUUCAAGGAGGAUAAAGUUGACACUGUCUCUUGUUCAAUUAUUUUUGGGUGGUUUUGUUUAAUUGUAUCAGAUUGUAAAAGUGCUUAAGGCAAUUUUCUCAAUUGUAUACUAGUACUAGUGUUCCUCUUACCUACAAAGCUAAAAUAAAAAUUUAAACCUUAUAAAACAAAAUAAUUAGAACAGCCCCUAAGUUGUUUGAUGCAUUAUCUUUUUUUAAACAGCUGAUUCAGCUGGUGAAACAGAGAAAGAAACUUCUUCUGUCAGUGAAAGAUUAGUAGGUGCAGAGAGUGAAGUGUCUUCCUCUUCAUCAUCUUCCUCCCCUCACCCGGCUCAACCUGAACCAGAAGGUGCAACAGCAGCUGAACCUUCCUAUAAUCAUGAGAUUUUGGCAGAUAUUAGUAAAAAUAAUAGGUAUGUUGUUUUUGUGUGCAUUUCUUGAGUUUAUUUUCAAAGUGUAUUGUCUUAUGAAUAGGUUAAUGAAAGCUUUUCAAAAAUAUACAAAAUUUAAACACUAUACAAUUGUUUUUGUGAUACAUGAAAUUUGGUUGUGAUUUUAACAAUGAGUAGUUUAAUAAUGGGAAUAACACUUUUCCAAGGUUGAAGAAAUAUAAAGCCAGGGGCUACUAAUUGCAAUAACAACAUAAUUACUCAUUUAAAUGUAAUAGUGAUUAAAAUAUUUCCUUUUUUUAUCAAUAAUAUUUUUUUUUAAUACAGGUUGAAAGAUACAUCUGGUGUCACCAGUAGUUCUCAAGCUGAUUUUGUCUUCGGUAAAAAUCUGUCUCAAAGGGUCACAGUAAGUAAUAUUUCCUGUUCUUCUACUAACCACUUUGACUAAUAUAUUUAUUUAACUUUUUGAGUUAAUUGAAAAUAACUGCUGUUUAUCUUUCUCUGCAACUUUUUUUAUAUUUUAGAACUGACUACAUCAUUGUGAAAUACUUAUAUUUACAAAACGUGUCAAAGUGUCCUCGUUUUAUAGCCAUUUUCAUUGUUUCUAUAGUAUAGUAGUUACUAUCCUAGUGUCUCAUUUUUAUUUCACUUAGUUUACAUGUUUUUAAUAAUUGUAAAGCGCUUAGAGCUUUAUGGUAAGCGCUAUAUAAAAAUGCCUAAAUAAAUAAAUAUUUAUAUAAAAUAAUUCUUAAGUGCAGACAAGUAAGUGGAACUUCUAAAAUUUUAUCUGGCUAUUGCUACUAGGGUGUAACAUCGCCUAGUCUUACUCAAACAACUACACCUGCUUUCAUAUUUGGAGAGAAUCUGGCUUCUAAAGUUGUGACAGAGACCAAUGGAUCCAAGGAAUCUCCUCACAAAGACGAUAGUGAUUCUGACUCUGGUAAUUAAGGAAACAUUGAAUUAUUAUAGCCACAUUUAAUUAAGCCUCUGAAUAAGGGAGUUACGUGAUUAUAUUCAGCUAAUGAAAUUUAUAGAUUUUUCAAACAUGUAAAAGAAAAUAAUAGGGCUAACCAAAGUUUUUUUGUUUUUUCUUAUAUCUUAGUCAUAUCUAAUUGUCUUGCAAUUAUUGUUAAUUAACAUAUUUUUUUUAAGGUAAAUUUGGCAGAACACUAGAAGAAUCUGCAAGAGAAUAUCAAGCUAAACAUGAGACAAAGACAGAACUUAAAGAAGUGGAGAGGAUCACAGGAGAGGAGGAUGAAUCCAACGUAUUACAGGUCAUUCAUUAUAUUUCGUUUGUCAUUAAUCAUUUUAUCAUUUUGACUGAGCCCACUCUGUUGUGGGGAAGUCUUAAAAUAAAUGUCAUUGGUUAGGUAAUGUAAUUGUUUUGCAAUAAUUAUUGAGUUGAAAUGUUUAAAAUCUGAUAUUCUAUGUCUAAAGAUUUUAAAAUAUUACAACUGAUAAAUAAGUUUCCAUUGAGCAUACUUAAUUUUAAUCAAAGUGGCUAUUCGGACCCGGGUCCGAGAAGUGAGAGGUUGGGAUUAAAAUUUAAAAAAUACAUAUUAUUGUUAGGUUGUAAGACAAAAUUUGGUAUCAAAUUAAAGAUAAUUGAAUGGACUAUAUGUUUGUAAACUUGCUUCUUCGGUUUAACUAAAAUAAACUACCAAAAAUUACAUCCGAAUAACAUCGAGUCUAAAGGGACCCGGGUCCGAAUAGCUGCGCUGCCUGUCCGGGUCCAUUUUGACUAAAUGCUAUUCGGAUGUCAUUUGUUGUAGUUAAACAGAAGAAGUAAGGUUACAAACAUAUAGUUAUUUCAAUUAUCUUUCAUUUGAUACCUAAUUUUGUCUUACAAACCCUACAAUAAUUUUUAAAUACUUUUUAAUAAACCCAAACUCUCACUUCUCAGACCCAGGUCCGAAUAGCCGCAGCCAAUUUUAAUAGUUCAAAUUAGCCGACUGUAUAUAGUGAGAUAAUUGUUGGUAAAUAUGUACUUCAAAUUUUUGGGUUAUUAUUUAUAUACAUAUCGAUCAUUUGUAGGCCAAUGCAAAGCUUUUCCUGUUUGAUGCCCCCACCCAGACGUGGGUGGAAAGGGGUAGAGGUGUAAUAAGACUCAAUGAUCGCUCAUCAGAUGACACCAAGGCCUUCCAAUCCCGAUUAGGUGAGUUCCAUAAUAUUUAAACAGUUUUUUAAAUUUAUUCUAUUCAUUAAAAUAUGGUAACUUUAGUUUAGGGAGGUGUUGGGGGUGCUCAAGAUAAUUUGUUUAAGUUUGCUUUAACCAAAGUGAGUAAACUUGGUUUAUUAAAUUUUUUAUGGUAUUAAAUCAGUUGAUUAAAUAAAUUCCCUCAAAAUCAAGUUUUUUUUUUUUUUAUUUAUACAAAUUCAUGAAAAUCUUAUAUUAAAAAAAUAUAUACUACUACUACAGCAUAAAUUCUGAUUACUUAAAAAUCAUGUAAUUUUUCCACCAUUUAUGAAUUCUUGAAUAAGUAAUGCGAACACAAGGCAGUCUACGAGUGGUGCUCAACACAAAGAUCUGGCCUGGAAUGACCAUUGAGAGAGCCUCUGUCAAAUCUGUCAGAAUCACAGCCAUGGAUACAGAUGAGAACAUCAAAGUUUUCCUCAUUAUGGUGAAUAGAAUCUGAUUAUUUGAUUAUUCUAAUGCUUUAAAAAUACUAAGAAGUGCAAGUUUUAUGAUCUAAAUUUGUGUGGGUGAUAAUAAAAAUUCACAUGUUCUGGUAUAAAAGCAUUUUUAUGUCAUGUGAACAUGAAUUACCGGUAUAUGACACACACAGUAAUAAUAUUGUGGUUCUGAUAAUGCCAAAUGCAUCUAACUCAUCUGUUUAGGUCCGCCUAUGACCUGUGAUGCACCCUCCUUGCCCUACCUCAUUUCCUGUUUCGGGUUGAUCCUGAAGUGUCAAAGUGUCCUCGUUUUAUAGCCAUUUUCAUUGUUUCUAUAGAAUAGUAGUUACUAUCCUAGUGUCUCAUUUGUAUUUACUUAGUUUACAUGUUUUAAUAAUUGUAAAGCGCUUAGAGCUUUAUGAUAAGCGCUAUAUAAAAAUGCCUAAAUAAAUAAAUAAAAUCUACAGUUCAAUUUAAAGCAGUCAAUGAUUUUUAAUAAUUUACUCAUUGUAACAUCUUUUGGGUUUUAUUUUUUAGAAACAAAAGGUUUAAUUUGUUAAAAUAAUGCUGCUAAAAAGAGUUGUUUUAAAAAUUAAAUUACAGACUAAUACAAAAGAUUCAGAGAAUCUACUCAGAGCUAUUGACUGGCGCAUUCAGCAACUCAAAAUUCAAGAAGAGCCUUCAAGACUUCAUUCAGAGGCCAGAACUGGGGACAAAAGAAAAGCAGAUUCUGACUUUGAAUAUCCGCACAAAAACAAGUAAGUUUUUUAUGUUGUCUUUUGUAGGAAUUUAUCUUUAAAUGUUCAAAAUUUAGCAUUAAAAAUCCAUUCAUUUGGAAGAAUACACUGGCUCAGACCUAUUUAUCCUUAAGGUUUUGGCAUAUAAUUAUGAUUUUGAUAUGCCUUUUAUGAGUGUACGCUAAUUACUGUCAACUACGAUUUUACGAGACCAGAUGAAACAAUAUAUUUUGGUGGGUGUUAAUAUUUAAUAACAUAAAUGAAACAUUUAUAUUGCCGCCAGAUUUAUCACAAGUGAACUUAUUUCUUCAUUUAGCUAGUGUUUAUUUUUAACAUGAAGCCAUAUUUAAAAUAUAUCCAUACAACAUUUUGGUGUACCCGCCCCUUUUUGGACUGAGUAUUAAAUUAUUACUAUUUAGUAACUACUAAAAUAAAAAGGAUUUAUAUAAACACAUCUAGGUAAUGGGAACCUAGUAUUAAAUAUUGUUCAUCUAGGGUUUGCAAAGAGGACCAAGGCUUUGACUUAAGUGGUAAUGCUCUGUAUAUUAAUACUGUUACGCACUGCCUUCUAUAGUGAGAACUUAAUCUCUUAUUUUAAUUGUAUGGCUCAUUCAAACAGUGCAUAACAAAGGAAGAUACCAUAGGGAAAUACAAUAGCAAAAAUACGACACUCAAAACAGUACUAAUUACAAUUAAUAAUAUUUAAGUAUUAAUAAUUACAAAACAAAAGAAAUAUAAUUACAAAUCAUCAACUUACAGAGUAUGGUAGAUCUUGUACUGGUACACAGUUAGUUCAAUGUGCCAAUUAAUAAUGUACAAUGACGAAUGCGAAUAAACACACAUGAGUACACAAAGAAUAAUAACACUUGUCUCGUGAAGUUAAAAAUAUCUAUGUGAAUCUCCUUCAAUCUCCGAAACCCCUUAUUUAUAUAGUGGGUCUACCGACGUGUCCAGAAACACCUUUGACAUUGUUUAUGUUUCUUGUCAAAUUAAGAAAGUUCCACAGGAUACUAGGAGACAAACUAACCAUGUUUAAUUGUUAGUCGGCAGUAAACGCGACAGAUCAAAGGACUGAGCCACGCCCAUCUAUGAACGUAGCGUGUGCUAGGAAUCUAAUUUGGGGUCAAGCAAAGUUCAUUCACGGAGACAAGUGUCCUGCAUAACAAUACAUAUAUAAAAAUCAGUCAUCUGAUUUGAAAAGUGACCUUUACCAGACAUGCGACGCGAAUAGUUCUUGUGUACAUCAUGCUGUAUGUUUAUUUAUUUACUAUAACAAUACAGCUAGUGCUUGACUUGCGACCACGAUCGGUUCCGACAGACCGGUCGUAACACCAUUUGGUUGUAAGUUUUGAUUGAUUGAUUUGAUAUUUAUAUCGCGCCGGUAUCCAUGCUACUUUAGCAUGCUCACUGCGCUCUGGACUCCAAAAUCUAUUUAAACAAAAAAGUUUUUGUUUCUUGAAUGAUUUUUUAUAAUUUACAAUCUCCCUCAAAGAUUGAGGUAAACUGUUCCAUAAUUUUGGCACUCUCGCUUCAAAAGAGUGCACUCCGUACAACUUUUUUCUGUGUUUAUCCACACUAGGAACACUCAGCAAGUACUGUGAUGAAGACCGCAGGCUCUCCAAGGAUACAUGUUUGUAAAUUAGUUCUUUGAGAUAUUCCGGUGCUGAGCCAUCUGUGCAGCUGUACGUCAGGGACAGAAUUUUGUAGUUAAUGCUCUGACUCACAGGAACCCAAUGGAGAUCUCGUAGAACUGGGUUGAUUUGGUCAGAUUUUUUUAGUUGAGGACGCAGCUGACCCUGAGCACGCAGAUGACAGAAGCAUGCCUUGACAACAGAACUGAUAUGGGAAAUAAUACUAAAUUUACUGUCAAUAUAAAAGCCAAGGUCUCUGACAGUCGAGGACAACAGGAUCUCUGAUUCACCAACUUUUAUUGAUGCAUUGGUAACUUUCCGAAGAUUGGCGUCUGAACAAAAAAUAAUUGCCUCAGUCUUAUCAUCAUUUAAUUUAAGUCUGUUUGAUGAUCUUUCACAGCAAGAUAGCAGUCCUCGGCAGCCUGAACAGCAGUAGCACACUCCAAAGGAUCAGGGCGGAAACACUUUUAUAGUCGUGUGUCAUCCGCAAAUAUUUUGCGGGAAAUACCAUGACUUUCAAUAAUUUUGCCGAGCUGGAUAGUGUACAUGGAGAACAGAAUAGGUCCUAAAACUGAGCCCUGUGGCACACCACAGGUAACAGAAGUGUCCAUGGAAGAUGCCUGCUUCACUACAAUACGCUGAGUCCUGUCAGUCAGAUAAGAAGAAAACCAGCGAAGUGCAGUUCCAAUAAUGCCUGCCACAUUCAGAAGUCUCGACAGAAGAAGCUCAAGGUAGAUCACAUCAAAGGCAGCACUGAGAUCUAACAGAACCAAAAUUGUCAGAUCGCCACGGUCAGCACUACAAAGAACAUCAUUCAUGACACGGAGUAGUGCUGUCUCACCGCUGUGCCCAGGUCGAUAUGCAGAUUGAAACUUGUUGAGUAAGUCAUAAGUGUUUAGAUGCUGCACAAGCUGCUGUGACAAAACUCUCUCAAGAAUCUUAGAUACAAAGGGCAGGUUGGAGGCCGGGCGAAAAUUCUUGCAGUCAUUUGGGUCCAGACCACUUUUUUUAAGCUUAACGACCGCUGUCUUGAGAUGUGGGACUGUAAGCAGACUGAAGACUAAUAUUCAUGAUGUUGACCAUUACAGGAAGCAAGACUUCGAGACAGUCCAAAACAAUCUUGGUUUGGAUGGGGUCAACAAUAGAAGAUGUAGGUUUAGAUGCCAUGAUUAUAUUUCUUAACUGUUCAUGGGGAAAAUUCCACCAGAUGGUUGCCUUCAAAGACUUUCUCCGCCAUAGACAAAUCACGUUUCCCAAAGCUCCUUCUGAUUGUUUCUAUUUUUUGAGUGAAAAAAUCGCUCAGUUUAAUUGCAGCUUGUUCGCUUCUCAAGUCAGGCAAAACAAAGGGUACUGAUUUCUUCCAAAGAAGAUCAUUCACCACAGAGAACAUCUUGCAAGGAAUCAGUACCUGCUGCCAUAAGGAGAGAUUGAACAUGCUCAGACUUUGCAUGCCUGAUUUCUUGCGCAUACAUGUUGCAUGCUUUCAGAAACGAUUGCUUGUCAACUUCACGGCCACUCCCUCUCCAGCACUUCUCAGCUACACGCCUAACAAGCUUGGCCUUCCAAACUGUGGGAGUGAACCAAGGGGAGUUAGAUCUGUCACUAACAAAUUUAUUUGACAAUUGAGUACGCUAUGUGUACAGUAAUGUAAAUUAUAAUUUUCUAUGUUCACGGCCGCCGAAGAUUUCAGACAACGCCAUUCAACUGAUAAUGGAGGCAGAAAUAAAUCUGAAAUCUAAUAAAGUAUUGCUAGUGAUUGUGGUCGUAAAGUCGAAUGGUCGUAAAGUCGAAUGGUCGUAAGUUGCAUAGGUCGAAAGUCGAGCACUAGCUGUACUGUAUUUUACGAUUUUUAGAUGGUAAAGUAUUAUUCUGAGAUUAUAUUGUAUUAUUUUUGGGAGUUCCAGUUCUCGUAACUUCAGGCAGGCUUUGGAGUGAUCAUAGCUAACUUGAUUGUAGAAUAUUAUAAUAAGAAUUUAUCAUCUGCAAAUAGCCACAGAAAAAAUGGUUCUGUUAGUCUUAUGUAUGCAUGGGGGCUAACAUGCAUUCAAUACAGAUAGUUAUUAAUGGGUUUGUGUUCUUUGUUCUAGAAAACUCAGCUCUCCAGUAUCUGAAUCAGGGACAUUACAGAUGAAGAAGGAUGAAUCUGACAGCAGUGUUCAAGAUCCUGAAACUGAAGGUAAGCAAAUGCGAAUUGUAUUAUACAAUAGUAGCAUUACAACACUCAUCAUUUCACAAAAACAUGUAACCCUCAGUGGCGCUGUCUCAGAUGCCUUCCUGGUCAGCAGCGGAAUGAAACAAGGCUGCGUACUUGCACCAAAGCUUUUCUCCAUUUUCUUCUCAAUGCUGCUUCAGUUUAACUUCAGGGACUGUGAAGACGGAGUAUAGAUCCAUACCAGAUCUGAUGUAAGCUGUUCAAUAUCACCCGCCUUCAUGCAAAGACCAAGGUAAAAAAGAUGCUAAUUUGUUAACUGCUGUUCACCUACGAUGCCACCUUAAAUUGCAAACUGAAGAAGGUCUGCAGGGAUUCGUUAAUCGCCUCUCCCACGCAUGUAAUGAGUUUUCACUGGCCAUUAGUCUACAGAAAACAAAUGUCAUGAUGCUAUAAAUGCAUUCCCUAUCAAAUGUAUCUAUUGAGGGCUAUAUUCUGUCAGUAGUUAAGAGUUUCACAUACCUUGGGUUCAAUAUCUCUAGCUCACUCUCCGUUGAUGAAGAGAUGAACAUCAGGAUCGCAAAAGCAGCAGCUACUAUGGCUUAAUUGAAUAAGUGGAUGUGGAAUAAUCCUAUGAAAGCAUCUUAAGAGGCAUGUGUGUAAUAAAGUAUGGAUCACAUGUGCCGGUCAAAAAUGGUAAAGCAACAGCUUCCAACGAAAGAUGUCUGUAUCAAAAUUUUGCUAAUUCAGUGACAGGACAAAGUGCCUAACACUAACACUGAGGUUUUGGAACGUGCCAAAAUGUGUCACAUGUUCUCCGUUCUUAGCAAGAGGCGCUUUUGCUAGUCAUGUAAGGAGACUGGAGGAAGGCUGUAUACUUAAGAAUCUGCUGUGUGGAAAGUUGGCAGAGGAGGCAAGACCUAUUGAACGGCCACAAUUUAAGGACAUUUUCAAAAGGAAUAUGAAGGAAUCUAACAUAGAAGAUCAUCCCUUAGCACCAUUCCAGAUGGCAAAUAGGCAGAAGAUAUUGCAAACAAAGCCCUUGCAACAAAAAAUAGCAUUGUGAAAAGCCAAAUUUAACAAGGUUCUCCUGCGGGAAAUUUAGCCGAGGCUGCCAUUCCAGGAUCUACCUCUUAACGAUUAAUAAAGUGUCAAUAGCCAUUCCAUCAUCUUGUGAAGACGGAAGGAUGCCAUUAUAUAUCAAUAUCAAAUGUUAUAAAAAAGUUAUAUCACCCAAAAUGUGAGAAUUAAUGAAAAUUACCAAUUUCAUAUACAUUCAAAUAAUUGAAAAACCAUGACAGAAAUAAAUUUUGGUACACAGCUUUUUCACUCUUAACCUUAGUUGGAGUUUUUAUUUACCAAUUGUAAAAAUAUAUUGGUAAAAUUUUGCCAUUGGAAUCAAAAGAUGUGCCACAUAACUUCUUUUUGAAUGAACAUUGCUCAUUGCUGCUGUGUAGAAAAUAAUUUACAGAAAGUUAAAAUAUUCAUUUUUAUGCUACUAGAAGGUAUGACCCGGUGUGUCACCGGGCUAAAAAUGAAAUGAAGGCAUAUUGCUCUACUUGCUAUUGUGAAGUCUCAAAAUCUACUUUUUUCUACGUACAUAGAUCUAUCAGGUUUUGAGAUAUUGUAUCUUCAAAAAUUAAAUUAUGAACAUUUUCCACACCCUUGAAUUGUAUAGUUAAGAAAUAGUAAAUUAGACUUUCCCUUUUUUAAAGAAGUAUCUAUGUACAGAUGUUAACAUUUCUAACAUUGGGUUUUGAGACAUUUUUAUCCCAUAUAUUCUAUAUAACAUAUAUAGGCACACCCAACCUUUUUUUCAUGCCCCCUGAACUAUUAUUAAAAUAAUUAUUAUAUAUACCGUAUUUAUCAGCGUAUAACACACAAUUUUUCUCCCUGAAAAUAGGGGGCAAAUGAUGUGUGCGUGUUAUACACCGAUAUAAUGUUAAGGACCCAUAGUACAUACGGGAGUGGGGGGAGAGUGUGUGUUAAACGCCGGUGCGUGUUAUACGCCAAUAAAUACGGUAAUUAAUUUAUACUUUUAUAAUAAAAAUACUUGAAUAUUGAAGAUAACUCAUAUUUGCAUAAAAGCAGAAAUAUUUUAAUUGAUUUGAUUUCUGUAAAAUGACACAAAAUCACUUUCAUUGUUAUUAAGAAUUCCAGCAUAUGUAAAUUGAUUCUAUUUCCUUAACAUAUAACAAAAUCACUGUCAUUGUUUUUAAGAAUCAGAGAGUAAUGCAUCUACAUUGGCUCAUUUGUUACAUUUAAUUUUUUUGUUUUUAUAAAAAAUAUGUUUAUUAUUAUUGGUUCUUUCUUUAGUUAGCUUUAUCCAGUCUUUUUAGUUAAAACCUUUUAGGAUAUACUGGAAUAUUUUUUUAGGUGAGUAACAAAAUUUGUUUUAUAAAUACUUAAUUUGGAUUUACUAAAACAUUAGUCAUUAAUGAAAGCAAUGUUAUAUUAACUAUUACUCUUAAUUUUUUUCAUACCAGCCUCUUGUGAAAGUCAUUCAUCUUCUCUAACCAUCAAGUCUGAGUCUGACUAAAACCAGAUGUCAGGAACCCUUAUGUAGUCAUCCAAACAAGUUUACUAGCUGAGGUUUAGGGUGGCUGGAAAGGCUUAACAAUGACUUGGGACAUGAACAGCAUUUGAUGGGAUCAAUCAGGGGCCCAUUAUUACAGUGUGAACCAAGAUUUAAUUGUCACCAUGUGACCACAUUAGUUUUACUUUUCUUGGUGUCAUAAAUACCACGGGAGGGGGGUUGAAGCAGAUUUAGGUGCUAGAACAAGGUGCCAGGGGCACGGAUUCGUUUGGUGUCAAGGACUCUGUUGGCUGCCAAAGAUGAUUUCUGAUUUGGAAUGCCAUCCCUUGGAGCCCAGGCACCAGAGACUGGUUUUAUAGACUGAAAUGUCUGAACUGUUCAACUGUUUUUGUUACCUAUUUGUUUUUUUUAAUGUAAUUUUAGUUUUAAAAAGUUGAGACCUAUGUCUUAAAAGAGGGCCAUAUCUUGUACCCAGCAUGAACAUAAAUGUUGUAAAGAUGUCUGCUUUAAAACUUUGCUACAUUCAACUUUAUCAGAUAAAUAACCUACAACAUGAUUAAAAGGUUAAAUAUUUUGAUGAGCUUAUGUAGUAUAUGUUGACUUACCUUUAUUUUAUUUUUUUCUGCUCAAUUGAUUUAUUUGAAUAUAUUCAUGGUCUAGUUACAUAUGAGCCAUUGGUCAUCUUUACUGUUAAAGGAUAGAUUUAUUAACAUAAACAACAAAAAAAUUAAUUAGGUAUGGAUAUUAAUUGUUCAACAAAGGUGAUGUCACUGGCAGUCUAUUUAAUUCACAGUAUUCAGCUUGUUAAAUGGAAGGUGUCAUUUAUCUUAUGUUUAUUGAUUGCUAAUUUCAUACUAGAACAUAUAAACUCCUACUGAAGAGACACAAAUAUUAACAAUUUUACUACAUUUAUGCUUGCUGUGGUUACAUUUUACGGGUCCUUAAACACAAACAAAAUAGUUAAGGAUUGGGAGUGAAAAUUGGUGUGUUUGUGUUGAACUGAUGGUCCCCUGUGUGUAUAUAAUGUUAGUAGUCAAGAGUAACAGCAAGCAUAGGCUCACUGUGUGCAUCUACCAUGUUAUUUAUGACUUGAUUCUUGUGGACAAGUUAAUGAGGACAAUUUAUGUACUUUCCAAUAAAUGAUUAUAACAAAAAUGAGGUAUUUGGGUGUCAAAAUUAUUUGUUAAAAUAUAAUUUAGUUUUUUA